GAAGAUGACGAUGACGAGCCAGAUGAAUGGGAUCAAAGAAUCAUGAAAACCGGUUGCCACGAAGAAAACCUAAAGCUUCAACUUUGUCAUGCUGAUACUGGCGAUUGGCGAAAAUGUAUACCAGAAAUGCAAGCUUUCAAAAAAUGUUGGGAUGCAAAUAAGAAUAAUGAAAGGACAAGUACUGUGAAUAAC